GGCUGACGUUGAUGACCAGCAAGGCCUCGGCCUCAUCCUCGGCCUCUCCCAGACCCCGCCUCCGGAGGCGGAACAGCACCUCCCGGCCCGGGAUGCGGGUGAAGUUGAACCGCUGCGGGUCGAAGGGCUGCCGGAGGCUGAGGAUCUCCUGCGGCGGCCGCCGCUCGCGGGCCCGCUCGGGGUUCAACUGCACCACCAGGCCCCGGGGCCCCGGCAGGACGCGGCUCGGGAGGCCCCGGCGCGGCAGGCGGUAACGGAAGCAGCCGGCGGCCAGCCGCUCCUCCCAGGCCGAGAGCAGAGCCGCGUCGAAGCGGGAGCCCGAGCCGCCCCAGCGGACCCCGGCCCGGAUCAGAUCUUCCUCCGAGUAAACAAAGGCCGGGGCCUGCUCCCAGGCCGAGGCCGGGCCCGGGCCUCCACCCGGCUCCGUGGGCGCGGCCAUCUUGCUCUGACGUCAUGGACACUGUCCGUUACCAUGGUUUCUCGAGGCUGUUCACCGUCAAAAAUUAAUCGGAGAGAGAAUGAAAACUGAAACUCUGAAAAUCACAGGUGAUAGAAAUCCGAAAUAAAAUUGGAAUUUAAGAAAAACUAUUGACGACGAGGAUCUCCAGGAGGAACCAAUCAGAAAUAAAGAUUAUCGCAACCAAUUGAAUCGCGUGGUCACCACCCAAUCAGAGCACCUGGGCUCUACUCCGAACCAAUAGGAGGGGCCGACGGUUAACAGCCAAUAAUAGGCGAACUGGUGUCGCUAGGCGACCAAUCGGUAUUGCGGAGGCUCGCUGGCCAAUAGCAAGGCGUAUUCCCUGAACCAAUCGGAGGUGGCGUCUAGUUGCCAGGGCGACGAUGGGGCCAGAGGCGAGUGCGCGGCCUGGACUGGCAGGGGAGCGCCAGUUAUUCUGGCUGCGGCAGAAACAUCACACCACUAAAAGAAGACACUGCAGGUCUGAGAGAAAAUGCCCCAAAUCCCUGUCACGGAUCAGAAAAGGGAAAAGACAAAUUAAAAUUUCAGGAGUAAGGAGAAAGACCCUUCGCCAGAAGUGCAAAAGAAUGAAUGCUUCUGGGGGUGAGAGUGAUUUUGAGGAGGAGUCAGCUGAUGAGGAAGCAGAGAAUGAGGACGAGAGUAUGGCUGAGGACUCAGAAGAUGAAAUUGAGCCAGUUCAGAAACAACCUAAUGUGCUGAAAAGGAAUGUAGCAGGCAGAGAUUUGGGAUUACACAUGAAACAGAGUAAACAGCUGAGAGACCGUGAGGGACUUCACAAGCAAGAACAGAUAACAAUCAAUCAGAAAACCGAGGGAAAUAACAAAGCUAUUAAAGAUGAAAUGCUCAAGAAAAAAAAGAAAAAAAAAAGGAGGUGUAUUGGAAUAAAUCUGCUUAACUGCAAGUAUGAAAGUGUUCGUCGUGCAGCUCGGCGAUAUGGCCUAAAGGAAGUUGGAGAUGAUGAAGAGUGCAUCUUGUUCUGGACUGACUCCUCUGUUUCUCAUGACAAAGUCAUGGAGAUUAAAAAUUUUCAGAAGAUCAAUCACUUUCCCGGAAUGAGCGAGAUUUGCAGGAAAGAUCUACUGGCACGAAAUUUGAAUAGGAUGCUGAAACUCUUCCCAAAGGAGUAUAACAUCUUCCCACGAACGUGGUGUUUACCUGCCGAUUUUGGGGAUUUUCAGGCCUACUGCAGAAUGAAGAAGACCAAGACGUAUAUCUGUAAACCAGACUGUGGGUGCCAGGGCCGGGGGAUUUUCAUUACUAGAAACUUAAAGGACAUUAAACAAGGAGACCGCCUGAUCUGCCAGCAGUAUAUUUCCAAGCCUUUCCUCAUAGAUGGCUUCAAAUUUGACCUCCGUAUCUACGUCUUGGUUACAUCCUGUGAUCCCUUUCGAAUCUAUAUUUACAAAGAGGGACUGGCAAGGUUUGCAACCAGCAAGUACAAUGAACCUUCAAACAAUAACUUGGAUGACAUCUGCAUGCACUUGACAAACUAUGCCAUCAACAAGCACAGCAAGAACUUUGUCAGAGAUGGGGACGGGAGCAGCAAAAGAAAACUGUCCUCAUUCAACAAAUGGUUGGAGCAGCGUGGACAUGACAUAACAAAGGUUUGGGCAGACAUUGAAGAUGUCAUCAUUAAGACUCUAGUUUCAGCCUAUCCAAUCCUAAAGCAUAACUAUCGGACUUGUUUCUCCAGUCGCCUCUUUGGAAGUGCUUGCUUUGAGAUAUUAGGAUUUGAUAUCCUAAUGGAUCGCAAUUUGAAGCCGUGGCUCUUGGAGGUGAACCAUUCCCCCAGUUUCACUACAGAUUCCAAGCUAGACCGAGAGGUGAAAGACAACUUGCUGUAUGAUACUAUUUGUCUGAUAAAUCUUGGAGCAAGUGACAAGCAAAAGGCAGCAGAAGAGGAGAGACGCAGAGUGCAGGAGCGCUUGUGGAACCGCCAGACAACUCGCGAAUUAAGACGGGAGCAAUAUGAAAACCACCAGUUAGCCUGGCUUCAGCAGGCAGAAAAAUAUGAAAAGGAACAUCUGGGAGGAUUCCAGCGGAUUUACCCAAAAUCCAACUCUGAAAAAUACGACAAUUUCUUUAAACAAAGUGGAUCACUCUUUCAAGAAACAAUCGCUUCCAGAGCAAGGGAAGAAUGUGCCAGGCAGCAAUUGGAGGAGAUCCGGCUGAAAAAUGAACCAAAGGAACAAUUGGCAAAGGGGAAGAAGAAAGAAGGAAAGGACACCAGCCUGCAAGGAGAGUCAGGAGGCGAGCCGCAAAUGCUUGAUGUACUCUCCAGGAAGAUCCGUGGGGACUCAACCUACAGGAAAUUAAAGAAAGAGGUAAUAAGGAUUGAUGGUAAUGUCAUACAGAAAGCCAACACAAAGGGCACCUGGGAACAAAAGAAAGACCCAACACUGUGGGUCUCACUUGAGCUGAACAGUGGGUCUGAUCAAAAUACAAGAACAUCAGGGAAGACAGCAGUGAUUGCCUAUCUCAGCAAAAUAUCUACAAAUUACUUGUGUCCCUUCAUUCAUCUCAUCAAAAUCUUCCCAGCAUUGGAACUUGCAAAAUGUUCCUUGGAGGAGCAAGUUUGAUACUGGAUGCAGCGUCCCAGGUUCCAUUGCUCCCAGGCACCAACUCAGACAUUAGUACUCUGCAUUGAGUUAGAGAGUCAACCAAAAGGGUCUGCUUCUGGUGAAAGAUCUGGCUAAAGUGAGCAUCAGCAACAGAUACUGGUGGCACAGCAGCAGAGAACCAAUUCAGCUCACUGGAGGUGAUGUCCAUGCCCAGCACUACUGAGUAUGACAGACUGUCAAGGAUCCAGACAAGAAAAUAACCCUGUAUCCCUGACAUACCUGACAUAGGCAGUUAUAGCAGGUAUUGGCAGGUCUGCUAAAGUUGCUUCAGCACAAUCACUGAGUUAUAGAGAAGUCUGCUUCCUGUCUGUCAUUUCACAUGGCAUCACCACCAUCAGUUCUCACUGGCUACCUCAGGGACAUACAACUAGGCCUUCACAAGAGAGUGAGCAUCGCCACGCUCUGGAGCUAAGGUGGGAUCUGGAGAGACAGCUGGUGGAAUUUAAAUUUGAUUAGUAAUUCUGGAAUUAACAACUACUGUCUGUUUCAUGGUUAACAAUGUCUGGUUCACCAAUAUCCUUUAGGGAAGGAAAUAUGUUGUUCUUACUCAGUCUGGCUUACAUGUGACUCCAGACCCACAACAGUUGAUUCUUAACUGCCCUUUACAGUCACUUAGCAAACCACUCAGUUAAAGGCAAUUAGGGGUGGACAACCAGUGCUGACAUUGCUGAUAACGCCCAUCCUAUAAAAGAAUGCAUUAUAAAUAGAAGCUGUUAUGCAGUCAUUAGGCUCCAUCUCUGAGAAAGAGAGACAGAUAUUUGCCUGGAAGGGUUGGUGGGUCAAAUGGGCAGCAACUUUAAAGGAGUCACUGACCGCCUGCAUUCUGCUCCCCUGCAGAUCAGUGAGACUGAUGAAUGCAUUGCCAAUGCCCACCCCAGGUACAGUUUAGCACAUUGGAUGCAGUAUGUGUUGCUUUCUCUCAGGAUGCCAGCACACAGGCUCCUUUGCUAUGCUGUCAACCUUUCAUGAUUACAGAGCAUUCAAUGCGACAGACUGCCCAGGCCACCACAUGGUGCAGCAGUCUCACCUGGGACAUCAUGGGCUGAACUACCCAGAGGUCACCAGGCUUAAAAAUGCGUUGCUAAGCAGUCCUCACUUUCUCCUAGAAGUCACCAGGCACCAGCAUCUCAAGGGGCUACCUGCAUGAACAAGAGGAACCUACAGCCUUCCAACUGCAACAUUCAUUUCAUUCAGAGUUGCACAGUUAGGAAGCAUCCUAAUAAAGAAGAUACAUUGGUUGACAAUUAAUGAUGAAUGACCGGAAGGCAGUUAUGGUCUCUGGAAUUAAAUUCUGUGCAUUUCAUAGUUUCUGGGUCUGUAUGUCAUUGAGUCAACCUGUAAGGGAAUGUCAUUUCAUAAAAUUAUUAAAUGACUGCUGAAAGAAGUAACAAAGACAGUUAAUGCUGAGAGUAAUCUUGAUUAACUGUUCAGAGGAAGGGGUGAGCAUGUUAUUGGAAGUGCCAACCCAUGCAUUUCUGGCUGAGAUGUUGUGUUGGACUCCCUUUGCUUUCACCACACACACCCCAGUCAAGCCAUGCACUAUUGCUGUGGCUGAGUGGGUAGCACUUUUGCCUCUGAGUCAGAAAAUUGUGGGUUCAGGUCCUCAAGACAGAGACUUCACCACAAAUGCAGGUUGACUUUCCAGUGCAGGAGUAUCCAGUGUCGGCAGUGUUAUCCUUCAGGUGAGAUACUCGACAGGCCCCAACUACUCCAGCUGAACACAGUUAAUCCCUGGCUGUGUUUUGAAGAAGAGCAGGAGAGCUAUUCUUAGUCCUUGACUAAAAAACAAUCUAAUGGGUUUUAUUAAAUUGCUGUUUGUGGAAGUUUACUGUGCACACAUUGGCUGCUACAUUUCCUACACUAUAACCAUGACAAUACUCCAAAAGUGUAUGAUUGCCUAUAAAGUGCUUCGGAAGUUCUGGGCCAGUUGAAAGGUGCUACAUAAAUGCAAGUUUGUCUUCCUACUAUUGCUUUACCUCCUCUGACAGCUAUAUUUCUGACUGUACAGCCCUAGGACAUGCUGCUGGUCUCAUGCAUUUGAUUGCAUUGUUGAUAUUUGGUUGUUGUGGGUAUCAUUAAAAGUGAGGGUUGAUGAGGGAGUGUUGUUAACUUGCUCCCACCGGCAAUCUUGUCACAUUUUUGCAGUGGCUGUAUAAUGGGGAGAUGUUUACUUGUUGCACGAAAAUUACCCCUAUUCAUGUUCCAGCACCUCACACUAGUUACCGAUAAGGAGUGGGAACCCUAGCUAUCUUUUAAAAAUUCUUCCCUGUGGUGCUUGUGUCAAUUGUAAUUGUUCAAUCACAGCUGUAACUGAAAGCAGCUAAUCCGACAGAGACUUGAGGUUGGAUGGCUAGGUGUACACUUGUAUGUAUUCUUAGACAAAACAUGGAUCAUCCUCCACUGUAUGUACCUCCUAUUUGCACACAGUGGAGACUCAAACUCCCCAGACAAAGCUUCCAUUCAUGUUCUCACUCAUGUGCAUGUAUCUCCGGUUGAUGGUGCCAUUGUCUCCUGUUGCUGUAUUCUGGAAAUUAUCCACUGCCAAAGUGACUCCUAAAGGUGUCCAAAAGAUUCAAACAGAACAAAUCAGAGUUUGUGGGCGGCACAGUGGUUAGCACUGCUGCCUCACAGCGCCUGAGACCCGGGUUCAAUUCCCGCCUCAGGCGACUGACUGACUGUGUGGAGUUUGCACAUUCUCCCCGUGUCUGUGUGGGUUUCCUCCGGGUGCUCCGGUUUCCCCCCACAGUCCAAAGAUGUGCGGGUCAGGUGAAUUGGCUAUGCUAAAUUGCCCGUAGUGUUAGGUAAGGGGUAAAUGUAGGGUUAUGGGUGGGUUGUGCUUC